AUGUUCCGCCGCAUGGAAUGGCUCCUGGUGCUGUCCCAGAAGUACGGUUGUGCCUAUGUCUGCAACCCCAAGGACUGGGAAACCGGCGGGCAUUCCACCGGCAACGUUGGAAUGCUGUUUGGAUGUUCCAGAGAUGGCAUAGUUGGCAACUCCACCCUCAUUGCCUCCACAUCGGUGCUAAAGUCACAGGGAGCAACGGUUGAAACUGCAAGCCUGCACUUCGACAAGUCGGGCCCCCACUUGGUACGGAUUAAGAGCGGUCAGCCGAUGUUUCGUGGAAGUGCAUACUCAAUGAGUCCCAAGCCAGACCCACGUCGCAAAAGGCCGGCGGUGUACAAGCUUAGCUGCCCUCAGGUUCAAACAGUCACACAUCAGAUGUCCUACAGGUGGUUGCAAGCACAGUACUCCGCAGUCCGGCUUCAAGAUGGACGGAAAACGGACUGGGGCUCAGCAACUUACCGUAUUGCUUUGCAGCUCCGUCGUGGGGAUCGACCAGAAGCAUGCCCACUCUUCCUGUAUCUGAACGCACUACGCUACGUGUUCGCAGCGAUGCCGCAAAUCUCACUUCAGAAUUCGAAAAUCUUGCUUAUUGGCGAGGUGAACCCGAAAAGCAACGAAUUCGAAUGCUUGUCGGGGAUCCAGAACCUGCAAUUUCUUGCCAGCCGCCGUCUUGUAGGGAGGGGAUCGAGUGGAUUAAAAGCUCUUAAACGCGACUUGGACUACAUUGCUACGUCCAACAUCCUCAUCCUGGGAGGAGGAGGCAGCUUUCCCUCGUUUGCCGCCACAUUGCAGGCUCCCGGCGGUGUCACCCUACACUCACGGACAAAGGACGCAGGCUUGGACGGCUUGCCGUACGCUUUUGAGCUGGACAAGGUUGGCCGCUUCACGUGUAAGCAACGACUGUCUACAAAAGCAGAGCAAAAGGAAGACUACAAAAUUCCUGGCGACUCCUUGCUCAGCCAGCAGGUUGAGAAAGCAGUCCAGAUUUAUAGCAAGUGGUCCAGCGGAAGGCCUUUCUGCCAGUCCACGAAAUCGCCAGGCUUCAGCCGCAAAAAGUGCGAAGCUCCAGAUUUUUCAAUAUUGAAGCUUGAGCCCUGCAAGGAACCUGCCAAGCUGAACCUCGCUCUUUCACUAGCUCCGGCUGAGCCUGUUCCCAUACCCACAGCACAGCCAGAGGCCGAUAACUCCAAUUCGGUACCUCAACGUACACAGGAUGCCGUGCCUUCCCUGCAGCCACUGGACAACAAGUGCGGAAAAAGGCCCAUGUGCUGUGGUCCGGCCCGCAGCUUUGCGGAAAGCACGGUCCUCCAGCACAACCAUGUGGCUUUCUACUUUGUGCGAUGUGCUGGUAACAUCAACCAUGACUUUCAUCAGAACUUUUGGCCUCUGUUUUGGUGGAUGACACGGCUCCGCAACGAUGAUGCAGCACUCCUAGUAGAGAGAAACUGCGACAGCAAGCGGCACUGGGGAGACGAUCUUCUUUGGAGCGUUGCCCGCACACAAGGCUGGCGAAUUUACAACUACUCGAAAGGUGUCCGCUACUGUGCCCGUGGGCAGCUCCACAUAAUGCGCUCUGUUGGGCCCUGUUGCGAUUACAGCCUGAAGCCGAAAAGCUUCGUCCACUAUGGGAAAGGCGUUAUUUGGGCUGCUGUGCUUGGGCGCAGCCGGCUGGCUUUAGAUGAGCACACCAAGGUGCUCAUCUACAGUCGCGCAAAUGCCAAUUAUCGCCGCAUCAUCGAACCAAAGCGGCUGGAACCUGUCUUUCAUCCGCGACUUAACGUCACAGUAGCGGAUGAUGUACCACCCACGUUGCUUGAGCAGGCGCGCUUCUUUUCAUCCUUUGCUGUAGUGCUGGCUCCAAAUGGUGGUUGGGCUCCAAACGUGCUUUUUAUGGCUUCAGAUGCCUGCCUCAUUGAGCUGCACCUUUACCGAAGGGAUAGCUGGGCGAAGGACUACGGGCUGGGUGGUGAGAUCGGUGAGAUACUGCUUAUCACCGGAGACUAUCAUGAUCCAAAGAAGCCCAUUCUCCACCGGAGAGGUCGGGUGGGCGGCGAUGAUGACAUCCUGGUGACAGGUGGUAAGGACAACUUGCUAAAUGACGUGAGACGCAGCAUGGCAAAGAGCCAUGUUUGCAAGCAAUACCUUGCCACGUAG